UAAGACCCAUCAGAGAAGAUGGGCUGAAAUAAGACGCGUGUCAGGCAACACGUGCCGAAAUUUCUAAUAAGGGUGGGCCCUGUCGUCGAACUAUCGCGAGAACUCGGUACGAGAAGCUCGGGUAUAGGCAAGACAGCAAUGUUCACGGCUAGCAACAAUAACAACCGUUCUAAAAUGUUCGUUUCGUGUCGUGGACUUAUAGAAUGACGCGCCGCUACUCAUUUUCACCGACAGACAUGCGUGGACGCUCUGCACUGUGAUAUUCAGGAUGUGGCCUUGCUCCAUUGGACAUAUGACAGCUAAUGAAGAAGAGGCAGACCUCGAAUCACAAUCAUCUAACCUCAGUUGCUCGUCCACUUACUGGCUCUUGUUGUCUGAUUGAAAUGAUUAAACUAUUUAAUUUUAUGGAAAAAAAAAUGUAGCCUAAAAAGUUUAACCUUGUAGGUAUUUCUGUUAAUCCUUUCAUGUGUGGGAUUGGUGUGUCAUUUGAAACAAGGAUGAGCACACUAAAGUUCAUUCAAGUUAGUAAAUUGUUAGACUAGUGUGCCAUGUUAGCCCUCCACCUGCUUCGUGUUUUAAAUCGGAAGUGAUUUGUUAGACCAUCAGUCAGUGCUGCUGACCACUUGAGAGGAUGAACGGCUCUCUUUUAACCCCACCCAGCCCACGGGCAGCCAACACUUCUCCUUUGCCUCCCUCACCCUCACCAUCUCCAUCGCCACCAUCUCCUUCUAUGUUGCCUCUGUCCUCCCGACCUCCCCCUCUUCCGCCUCUUGUGAGCCCACCUCCUCAGACUCACCCGUCUUCCCUCUCGGAUACCCCAACACCAUCCCCAUCUCCUUGUCUCAGCUGGACCGAAUUCUGUGAGCUCCAUGCCCGCGUUGCGGCGGGUGACUUUGCGCGCCACUUUAGGGCGUUUCUCCUGGAAAACCCUCACUAUUCCCCUGACUCAGCAGCCGCCUUCUGCCGUCGCUUCACUGACCGCUUUGUCCGCCACUUCCAGAGUGAACUGGAAGGGGUGCUUCCACCUAUCUGUGCUUCUGCAAGAGAGGAAAUGGUGAUCUGGGCUCCUCAGUCAGAUGCUACAUCCCUGGAAGAGGAGGCCAUUUCCCCUCUAUCGGCAUCUGGGGGUGCCGUCCAUCCAUGUGCGCCACCUAACACAACGCGGUCCCUACCUAAGCCUGCACCAACACGGCUAGUAUUGGAGAACCGCAGCGGGGACAGGCUUCAAGAUUCUUAUGCACACAGCCAAGUCCUCCCCCCAUCUUCCUCAUCGUCCUGCUCCUCCUCAGUAGGAGGCAACAACGGACGCCGUGAAGAGAAGGGCAUCAUGAUGGUCCCCAGGAAUGGUGAAGCACCAGUUGAGGAGGAGGUGGACAGCUGGCUGGAGGUGGCAGCUGUGGAGGAGGAUGUUGAUCCAGAAGAGAGGGAUGCAGCAUCCUCGGAGGUUUGCGUGGACAGUGCGGAUCCCUCGUGUGUUCCACAAACUCCUCUUUCCUCUGUUACUCCUCCAGCUGGCUCCAAGGGCAACAGCACACCCAACUCCUCCAAAAACAAACUGAAGAAACGUUUUUCUCUGCGGAGUGUGGGUCGUAGUGUACGUGGGAGUGUCAGGGGCAUCCUACAGUGGCGAAGUUCCUCCAGUGACUCUGCGCAGAACCAGUUGCCCUCCAGCUAUAGCUACACCAUGGGGGUGCAGGAUGUUACUUUUGUGUCCAACUCUAAGAGGAACUCUGGUACACAGCCUCCCACACCUAUCUCCUCCAUGCCUGUGUCUCUCUCCAUGCCUCUCUCCCUGCCCCACUCCUCCUCUUCCUCUCUUCCCCCCUCAUCUUCUAGCAGCGCCACAUCUCUUUCUUUUUCGGAGGCCGCUCGGGAUCGGCGGCGGAGCAACGGCGAAGGUGGCGAGAAGGAAAAAUGGAGCCAGCGUCUAGAGAAGCUCAGACUAUCACGAUCCCCUCCUCCUGUCCUCACCUCAGCGACUGUUAUCUCUUCCAUGCUGCCUCCCAGCAGUGCUGCUGCUGCCGCUGCAGCCACUACCAUGGAAACCCCUCGGAAGGUGGGCCGGCUAGUGCGAGAGGGUGGGGUUAGCGUUAGUUCAUCUAGCGACGAGUUAAGCGGGAGCCAUGGUUUUUCUGGCUUCUCGUUUGGCCUGCUGCAUCAUAGUACGGACAACAGCAACGCUGCCUCAGCGUCCUCUGCUGCAGCUCAGAGCGGACAGCUGCAGCCUGUAGUGAGCGGAGGAAAUGUGCCUUGGAGAGGCAGUCGCUGGCACAAAUGCCGUCUGGUCCUUCGGGAGAGGGAAAGGGAAGGUCCUGAGCGGGGAGAGGAAUACUACUUGGAAUUCUUCAUUCCACCAAAAUCAUCAAAGCCCAGGCUGACUGUCUCGUGCUGCUCAAUCAUCGAUGUAAGGAGCACCACAGCGCUGGAGGUCCCUGACAAGGAGAACACUUUCCUGCUGCAGUUGGAUGGGUCGGCGCAGUAUGUGAUCGAGACACGUGACGCUGUGCAGAUGAGAGCUUGGCUCAGCGACAUCAGGAACGGUGUCUGUCUCAGUGAACAAGAUGAAGCUGAAAGCGGGUGUGGGGGGCCACUGGAUGUUAGCGGGACACCUGAGAUUGUUGACCAUCUUUCACAAGUGUGUUACGGCGGUAUUGCAGGAUCCUCCCCUUUGAUGGAUCCCCUACCGCCAGAGCUGCCACCUCGAGCUCCACUAGACGAACCAGACAACCGAGUACUUGGGGGAGGCGGGGCUAGUAUUGGGACACCUUUUGCUGAGACACCAGAUGCCACCGGGUCCUUCCUCUUCUCAGAGGUGACGUCUGCUGAGGCAGUGGAGCACCCACUCAGUGAGUGUCAGUGGUUCCACGGCACCUUGUCACGCCUCAAAGCGGCCCAGCUGGUUUUGGCUGGUGGACCAGCAAGCCAUGGUGUCUUCCUGGUUCGGCAGAGUGAGACGCGGCGCGGGGAAUAUGUCCUCACCUUUAACUUCCAGGGCAAGGCCAAGCACCUCCGUCUGUCCCUGAACGAGGACGGUCAGUGCCGAGUGCAGCACCUUUGGUUCCAGUCCAUUUUUGACAUGCUGGAGCACUUCCGGGUGCAUCCGAUCCCUCUGGAAUCUGGGGGCGCCUCUGAUGUGACGCUCAUCAGCUUUGUGGGUGCCACCGCAGUUCGCCAGCCAGACUUGACCAGCAGACCCCGUAGCCCUCCUCAGCCGCCUCCUUUGCCGCCGGGGCGGCCGCCACCUCCAACCCCUCAGGAGCGAGGAAAUGAGAUGGAACUGGGAGGAGGAGCACCGUCAGGAGGAGGCGGUGGUGGUAGUGGAGGUGGAAGCAGCGGAGGAGGAGUAGAGGAGUGGGAGGAGAGAGAUCGGGACACGCCCCUCCGCCAGCUCCAAGCUGUGGAGGGCGAAGAGUGGGACGCAGCGAGGGCACCGCGAGCCAUCGAUAACCAGUACUCCUUCUUCUGAUGAAAGGAAGAGGAGUCGACGUGCGACUGGAUCAUCGUAACCAGUUUAGUUUCCUCAGCACCACGUGGAAGACGACUAACACUAAACGAGAGAGAGAGAGAACACGAGCACUUCACAACACUACGGAGCCGUACAUUUUUUUAAAAUUUUAUUUUAGCCGCUUUACCUCACGGCAGGCAAGAGCGCGAUUGUGAUACCUCACUGUCGCCCCCAACAGGCCACAAAGUGAAAGUCCUCACACGCUUUUAGCUCACUAAAUAAAUAAAAUAAAAUAUAAAUCCUCA